CAUGACAUUCACACUUCAGCUGCACAUAUUCCGGGAAGACGCGCUCCCGAAGAACAAAACACACACACCCUUUGUCAAUGCGGCUCCUUGCCGCUGGAAAUUGAUCAGUAGAAGUACUGCUGUAGCCUAUCAUUAGCCAACGGUGACAUUCACUAAGCUGCGCGCUCAGACUGGCAGGUUGCUGUACUAGCACUAUGGAGGACAACCCCAAGGAUGAUAGCGCUACGAAGGGACAGGAAUCGAUUUCCUACCAACGAAGGAUGUGGAAGAAUUUCCAAGACAAAACCAAACCGUUUUUGAGCCCCAAAUUGGGCUCUGGGCGUCGCAGUCCCGACAGUAAAAAGGAGACCGGGUUAUGGAUGUUUAAAAGAAAAAAGAAAGAGCUAGACCGUUUCUUUUCGUCCUCACAGCCCAAUCUCUGCUGCUCUACCCCGGCGCCUUUCCUGGCUGACCAGUCCCUCGGCGGUACAGCGCCUGGGAGCAGCAGCACCGGGCAACCUCUGCAUCAGCUACUGGGGGCCGAUGGAGCGUCCGCGAGCAAGCCAGAGCUAACGGGACAUGACAGCCCGAAACUCAUUGUCUCCCAUUUAAUCCUGUCCCAUCAGAAGAGCUCCUCUCUCGGCUCUGCAUGCUUCGAGAAGCUGGUAGUAGAAUCUUCGGUCGUUGGAGAGGAGGAACAGUUGCGCAAAAACGCCAGUGAUUCCGGCAUCAACAUCGCGGGGUCAAGUAAUGCUGAGACCGCUCCUCCUGCCAACCCAGGGAUGUACCAACUGGACAUCACUCUAAAGAGGGGACACAACCUCGCCAUCAGGGACAGAGGAGGGACAAGUGAUCCGUAUGUGAAGUUUAAGAUUGCUGGGAAGGAGGUGUUCAGGAGCAGGACCAUCAAUAAGAACCUGAACCCGGUGUGGGACGAGAGGGUCAGCCUACUUGUGGACAGCCUCCGAGAACCUCUUUAUGUCAAGGUGUUUGACUAUGACUUCGGCCUUCAGGAUGACUUCAUGGGUUCUGCCUACCUCUACCUGGAGUCUCUGGAACACCAGAGGACCCUGGACGUGACCCUUGACCUCGAGGAUCCCCAGUACCCCGAACAUAACCUGGGAACUCUAGAGCUGGCAGUCACACUGUCACCCAAACAGGGAGACUUCAGGGAAGCAACCAUGCUUUUGAAAAGAAGCUGCAAACGAUCCAGUAAGCAGCAGCAUUCAAGUAUGCGGUUGUCAGAUGUCCACAGGAAAGCUCAGCUGUGGAGAGGUAUAGUGAGCAUCAGUCUGAUCGAGGGUCAUGACCUCCAGCCUAUGGACGCCAACGGCUUCAGUGACCCCUACGUCAAGUUCAGACUGGGCCAUCAGAAAUACAAGAGCAAGACGAUACCCAAGACUCUGAACCCCCAGUGGAGAGAGCAGUUUGACUUCCAUCUCUAUGAGGAGCAGGGGGGCUUCAUCGACAUCACCGUCUGGGACAAAGACGCAGGCAAGAAGGACGACUUCAUGGGCAGGUGUUCGAUAGACCUGUCACCGCUCAGUAAAGAGCACACUCAUAAGUUUGACCUGUCGCUGGAGGAUGGCGAGGGCAUGCUGGUGCUGCUGGUCACACUCACGGGGGCAGCUGCAGUGUCCAUCUCGGACCUGUCGGUCAACAUCCUGGACGACACACACGAGAGACACCAGAUACGACAGAGAUAUAGUGUGCUGAGGUCGUUCCACAACCUGAAGGAUGUGGGAGUGGUCCAGGUUAAGGUCAUCAGAUCAGAGGGGCUGAUGGCAGCAGACGUCACAGGGAAGAGUGACCCAUUCUGUGUGGUGGAACUGAGUAACGAUCGGCUACAGACACACACGGUCUACAAGAACCUCAACCCCGAGUGGAACAAGGUCUUCACCUUUAACGUGAAGGACAUCCACUCGGUGUUGGAGGUGACGGUGUACGACGAGGACCGAGACAGGAGCGCAGACUUCCUGGGUAAAGUGGCCAUCCCUUUACUAAACAUUCAAAAUGGUGAACGGAAAGCCUACGCUUUGAAAAGCAAGGAGCUGACAGGGCCAACAAAAGGGGUCAUCGUCCUGGAAAUAGACGUGAUUUUUAACGCUGUAAAGGCAGGUCUCAUGACGUUGAUACCCAAAGAGCAGAAAUACAUAGAGGAUGAGCCCAGAGUGUCCAAACAGUUGCUUCUGCAGAACUUCAACAGAGUGAGACGAUGCAUCCUGUUCCUCAUCAACGCCGGCUGCUACAUCAACAGCUGCUUCGAAUGGGACUCAACUCAGAGGAGCAUCUGUUCCUUCCUGGUCUUUGUUCUGGUGGUAUGGAACUUUGAACUCUACAUGAUUCCUCUGGUUCUGUUGCUGCCGCUGGCCUGGAACUAUAUCCUCAUCUCUUCGGGGAAGGACACCAGGCAAGAUGUGCAAGCGAUGGAGGACUUGCUGGAGAAUGAGGAUGAGGACUAUGACAAAGAUGACAAGGUGCCUAGACCCGGCCCUUCGGAGGACGGGCGACUGCCUGAAAGCCAUAUCCUCGAGGAUAUGUUGGCUUCCUGGCACUUUGAGUGGAUACGGGUGAUGUUGGACCCGGAGAGAAAGGGCUUCAUCAACAAGCUGUAUGCCAUCCAGGAUGUGUGCAUCAGUGUGCAAAAUGCCCUGGAUGAAGUGGCAUCCUAUGGCGAAAGGAUAAAGAACACCUUUAACUGGACAGUGCCUUUCCUAAGCUGGCUGGCCAUCGUGGCUCUAUGUGUGGCCACUGUUCUCAUCUACUAUAUCCCCCUACGCUACAUCGUCCUGGCCUGGGGGGUGAAUAAAUUCAGCAAGAAGCUCCGUGACCCGUAUACCAUUGACAACAACGAGCUCUUGGACUUCCUGUCCAGAGUCCCCUCAGAUGUUCAAGUGGUGCAGUACCGAGAGCUGAAAGUGGAUCCCAGUCAUAGUCCAAAUAAAAGAAAGAAAAACAACCCGGGAUAACUGGCUUUGCCCGCCCACUGAAUCUUCCCUCCCUCACCCGUCCAACGCCAAGAAGCAGAGAAACACUGGUUUGAACCAGCUGAACACUCUCCCUCUCUCUCUGUCUCUCUGUCUCUCUCUCUCUUCUACUGACUUAAAAAAUAUAUAUAUACAUGUACAGGCUCUCGAAGUGUAAUUAUUACAAAGAGACAACAAAGAGAUGAGUUUGGAUGAAAUAGCAGACUAUUUUUGACCCAGGUGUUUACUGAACCCGUCUGACAGAAGUCCAUGUCAUGCCGUCCUCGUAAUGUUUAACUAUGAGUAUCACAGUUAUGAGUUCAUUCAGAGAUUUCUCCAUAAUAGCCCCAUUAGGAACAUGUAAUUGAACCAUCUAAAAGCUACUUACUAGGGCUGGGAAUAGCCAGGGACCUCACAAUACGAUAUCACAAUACGAUAUUAUAACAAUACGAUGUUAUCACAAUACGAUAUUAUCACAAUACGAUGUUAUCACAAUACGAUAUUAUCACAAUACGAUGUUAUCACAAUACGAUAUUAUCACAAUACGAUAUUAUCACAAUACUCAGUGCCUUUAGAAAUGAUUCACUCCCUUUUACUUUUUACACAUUUAGUUGUUUUAGAACCUUAAUUUAACAUUGAAUCAAUUUAGAUGUUGUAUCACUGAUCUACACACAAUACCCCAUAAGUAAUGUCAAAGUGGAAUUUAGUUUUUAGCAUUUUUUACAAAUCCAUUCAAAAUUAAAAGCUGAAAUGCCAAUAAGUAUGACAAGUCUAAAUAAGUUCAGGAGUAAAAAUGUGCUUAAUAAAUCACAUAAUAAGUUGCAUGGACUAAUUCUAUAAUAGUGGCAUUAUUUUUUAUGACUACCCCAUCUCUGUACCCCACACAAUUAUCUGUAAGGUCCCUCAAUCGAGUAAUGACUUUCAAGCACAGAUUCAACCACCAAAACCAGGGAGGUUUGCCAAUGCCUUGCAAAGAAGGGCACCGAUUGGUAGAUGUGUAAAAAUAAAUAAAACCAGACAUUGAAUAUCCCUUUGAGCAUGGGGAAGUUAUUAAUUAGGCGUUGGAUCGUGUAUCAAUACAUCCAGUCACUACAAACAUACAGGCGUCCUUUCUAACUCAGUUGCCAGAGAGAAAGGAUUUUAAAACAGUUACAGAGUUUAAUGGUUGUGAUAUGAGAAAACUGAGGAUGGAUCAACAACAUUGUAGUUACUCCACAAUACUAAACUAAAUGACGGAGUGAAAAGAAGGAAGACUGUAGAGAAUAAAAAAUAUACCAAAACAUGGUAUAUUUGCAAUAAGGCACUAAAGUAGAUCUGCAAAACUUGUGGCAAAGAAAUUAACUUUAUGUCCUGAAUGCAAAGUUAUAUGUUUGGGGAAAAUCCAACACACAGAGUACAAUAUUUUCAACCAUGGUGGUGGCUGCAUCAUGUUAUGGGUAUGCUUGUCAUCGGCAAGGACUCUCAAGUUUUUUAGGUUAAAAAUAAAUGGAAUACAGCUUAACACAGACACAAUCCUAUAGGAAGACCUGGUUCAUUCUGCUUUCCAACAGACACUGGGAGAUUAAUUCACCUUGGAGUUGCUAACCAAGACGACAUUGAAUGUUCCUGAGUGGCCGAGUUAUAGUUCUUAUAUCUGCUUAAAAAAAUCUAUGGCAAGAAUUGAAAAUGGCUGACUAGCAGUGAUCCACAACAAACUUAACAGCGCUUGAAGAAUUUAAAAAAGAUUAAUUGGCAAAUAUUGAAGAAUCCAGGUAUACAAAGCUCUUAGAGACUUACCCCUUUAAUCAGUGUGUCUAACGUAUUGACUCAGGGGGUUGAAUACUUAUCUAAUCAAGAUAUAGCAGUGUUUAUUUUUCAGUCAUCUUUUAUACAUUUUCAACAUUUUCUUCCACGUUGACAGUAUUUUAUGUAGAUCGAUGACGCAAAAUUACAAUUAAAUCCAUUUAAUCUAAUUUGUAACCCAACAAAAUGUGAAAAUGUAAAAGGGUGUAAAUGCUUACUGAAGGCACUUUAGGUGCCGAAAUGAAAUGUAUUGUGAUUCUCACGAUUUUAUAUGGUUCGCUUGUGAUGUUAUUGCAACUGAAUGUUCCAAACAUAUUGAUCACCAUAUGUCUGCUGCAGAGGGACAAGAGAGAGCCAUAAGAAAGCCAGUUUUGAUCAGGCAUGAAAAUAAAAGUUCUCAAAACAAAUUGGCUGCAUAUUUAAAAAGAAGAUAGAGAACAAUCUUUAAAGGAAAAAUAUUGUGCAGGUAAAGCCAACUAGCGCAAAAAUUAUAUUGCAAUAUUGUCAAAACUAUACGAUAUAUCGUCAAAAAUAAUAUUGCAUACAAUAUAUCAACAAAAAUAAUAUCCCGAUAUGUAACUGUAGUGAUUUUUUCCCACCAUCACUACUAUUUACCAGGUAGAUUGGAUAUGUCAAUACACAUUUCAAAACCAGCAGGGGCAUCAUACACCGCAAAAAUCUGAUGGGGCACGUGAGGAUGGUUGGGGUAUGGUCAGGAGGAAGGCUAGCUCCACCAUCCAUAAGUCUGAGAAUUUAGAAUUUUUCAAACACCCAAAAUAGCUUUUUCCUGCAAUCUAGAGCCAUAAUCAUUAUUCUUAAUUCUAUGUAAUAUCUCAGCAUACCUCUUGAGCUGUCUGUAUCUUCCUGAGUGGUGUCUGUAUCCUCCUGAGUGGUGUCUGUAUCCUCCUGAGUGGUGUCUGUAUCCUCCUGAG